AUGGACACCAACAACCUUGAGCCAGAGAUCGACCGUUUCGCACGAAGCUUGGUCUCUCUUGACCCGAUUGAUUAUGACGAUUGCAUCAAUGAGUUCUUCGAAGCCAACGCUGUCUUUGACAGCGGAAGGAUGCUCGUCCACGGGUCCUCGAGGAUCAAGAAGAUCGCUUGGCUUUUCGCUACUCCCGCCAAGGAGAGUGGCCUCGUAGCCAAACCAGAGUACGACGAAAAAACUCAGCUGCUUAAAGUCAAAUGGAAACGCACGUUUGUCUUACCAUCGAUCCCCUCUUACCUUCCCAUCAUCUCAAACUUUUCCAGAGCUGAACGCACUUUCAACGCCUCCGUCGACUUUCAUCUGGCGGCGGAUGACGGGGUUGGAGAAGGCGAUAAUACGACCUCUGGACGUAAACUCUACGUGACGAAGAUGGGACCGAUCCAUCGGGAUUUGUUCCCUCUCGAAGGUCUCAUCCCGUACUACUUCAUCAAAGGUAUCUUAGGUCUGAUCGCCCUUUUGGUUGCAAAUCUCGCCCUUUUCUACCGCAGUCACCCUCCGUCCCAGGGUGUCCCUCGUAUGGUCUUCGUUGGUGUCUACGAUACCGUCGAAGCUAUCUGGAAUUGGCUCAACGCCGAACGUGCCAGACGUCAAGCCAUUGCAGAGCAGUGGAGAAGCGGCAAGGAGAAGGAUCUGCGCGACUUUCUCACAAAUGCCAAGACUUCCGCCGGGGACUUAUCCCAGCAGCUUGAAGCUCGUGCCAAGAAAGCAGGCAUUCCCGUGGAGGACUACAAAAGAAGGGCGUCGGCGAUCAUGUCUGAGAUGCAGAAACGAGCAUCCGAGGCUAUCAUAUACUUUGAAGGGAAAGAGAAGGACGUGAAAGCCAAAGUCAAAGACACAAAACAGGAUGUCCAGAAGAAAGCUCAGUCGACUCAAGGGAACAGUGGAGAUUCCCCCCCUCAACACCAUUCCUCCGGCUCGGAGCAUAAUCACGAAGGCUCCGGUUCCUCUCACAGCCGUAAUGACUCCAGUGUCUCUCAUGAUCCUGAAUCGGCUAAUGCCACGACUGUAAACGAUACUAGCGAUGAGGAGGAAAAGCAAGAACAAGAAGACCGUCCCCGGACCCCAAUGGGCGGACACGACCCUACCGCUCCUAAUGCUCCGUCCUACGCUCAGGCUGCAGCCAACUAA